AAAUCGUUAUAUAUAUAUAAGAAAAAACUUGUGCGCCUGCAAAAAAGCGUCAUGCUUUGUGGCGUAGAAAGCAGUUUGAGUUGAUUAGAACUUUUAUGUCCACUUGAAAUUCCUCUUUUGGAUUUUAUCUCAUCACUUGUUUGUGUCUCAGAAUCUCUCCCGUUAACUCGCAUCUUGCUUUUGUCUAUAUUCCACUGGAGCAGCUCCUCUGAGAUCCAUUCGUUACCGAUUGGCUUCUCUCUAAUCAAUCUCUGAUGGCGGAUGCGGCGAAAGAUUUAGCUUCAGGGACUGUGGGAGGAGCGGCUCAGCUAAUCGUAGGUCACCCAUUUGACACAAUCAAGGUCAAGCUUCAGAGCCAGCCUGCUCCAUCACCGGGACAACCACCGAGGUACACGGGAGCUAUCGAUGCGGUUAAGCAGACAGUUGCUUCUGAAGGACCUAAAGGUUUGUACAAAGGUAUGGGAGCUCCUCUUGCAACCGUUGCUGCCUUCAACGCGGUUCUGUUCACCGUGAGAGGUCAGAUGGAAGGUCUGCUUAGGUCUGAACCUGGAGUGCCGUUGACUAUUAGUCAACAGUUUGUGUGUGGGGCGGGCGCUGGUUUCGCUGUCUCGUUCCUUGCUUGUCCUACCGAGUUGAUCAAAUGCAGGUUGCAAGCACAAGGUGCUGGAGCCUCCACCACAGGCUCAGUGGUUGCAGCCGUGAAAUACGGUGGACCUAUGGACGUGGCACGUCACGUGCUACGAUCAGAAGGUGGAGCAAGAGGUCUAUUCAAAGGUUUGUUUCCGACAUUUGCUCGUGAAGUCCCUGGAAACGCGACAAUGUUUGCGGCCUACGAAGCUUUCAAGCGGUUCUUAGCUGGUGGUUCUGACACUUCAAGCUUAGGACAAGGGUCAUUGAUCAUGGCUGGUGGAGUUGCUGGUGCGUCCUUCUGGGGGUUUGUGUACCCGACCGAUGUGGUGAAGAGUGUUCUUCAGGUUGAUGAUUAUAAGAACCCAAAGUACAAGGGUUCGAUGGAUGCUUUUAGGAAGAUUCUGAAAGCUGAAGGAGUGAAAGGUUUGUAUAAAGGGUUUGGUCCGGCUAUGGCUAGGAGUGUUCCUGCUAAUGCUGCUUGUUUCUUGGCUUAUGAGAUGACUAGGUCAAGCUUGGGAUAAACCGGUUCGGUUUGGUUUUUAACUGUUGGUAUGUCCAAUUUGUGGAUGUUCCAUUGAUUAAUCUUUCUGUCUCUUUACAAUUUAUACAAUUUACUUCUGAAACUCGAAAGUGGUUAUUGAA